GUCAGGCCUCAGACCCGCCAAGGAGGGCUGGUUCUGCUCAUGUGGUAUCUCCCCUCGCCCUGGUCCCUACUACCUGCUCCGCUUCACUCCAAGUCUGUCACAAAAAGAGGGGCCCUUUCUCCUGAAUUGUGAUGGGGUGCCCACUUCUCUGACGGCCACUGUCCCGUCAGGCGGUGGCCUGGCCUGGAUCCCAUUGUCCAUGGCUACCAGCUGGCCCCCGGCUGGGCGUGCCAGUGUCCUAACCAGGAUACAAACCUGCUGGGCUGGCCUGGUGGGUGUCACCGCCAGCUUGGCUCGGGCACACCUUUUGUUCUGUGUCUUGUGGAUUCCAUCUCUGGAUGUGUCCUGAAGACAAGGGUGAAGGGUACACCUCAGGUCACGGCGUCACUCAGCAAGUCAGAGGUUGGAGGACCCCAGCAGGAAGGUGCCUGACAACAGCUGGAACCUACUGUGAAUGCAGCCUUGGCCUCAGCCGCGAGGCCCUCAUCGCCCUCCUGGUGGUGCUGGCGGGCGUCAGCGCCAGCUGCUUCUGUGCCCUCGUCAUCGUGGCAAUUGGCGUCUUGCGGGCCAAGGGUGAAACAUGCCCGAGACUACAGAACAACAGGUUGGUGGAGAAUUUUGGGGUCCAGGAAGAUCGCAUGGACCUGCAUCCAGUAUAUGUGGAGUCCCAGCUGUUGGACACUGACCUGGAGGUCUCCGUGAUGCCCCCACUGGAAGAUGAGAGCCUCGUGGCCAUCUCCGUGGAGGCUACCCCAGAGCCGCUGCCACCCCCACCCCUACCACCUGAGUAGGGCUGAGGCAGCGGGGGGAGGGAAAUAAACCGUAUUUAGUGGUUG